CCCAGAAACGAGGACGACAAACGAGCUGCACGGCGUACUUUCCGACUGUGGAAAUGGCGCUUCGUGUUGUGGAAGCCUGAAGUCCACAGAGCCUUUUCGUUCCUGUAAUUUUUUAAACGCACUUAGGGCUCUUGGAAUUGGUGAAUUUCGAGAACAAACGGAUUAUGACAGAGGAAGGAGAGAUUCUUGAGGGAAAACAAAGCAAUAGUGGCUCCGAAGCCUUCAUCAUCCUUGGACAGUGAAUGAUGCAUGACCUGACUGCCCAAGUCACCAGCAGCUUGCUGCCCUUCUCUGGAGUGACUGUAGACGCUCUGGGUGAGGAUGAGAUCAGCCUGGACUGUGUGCUUCAUGGCAGGUUCACUGUCGGCCGCAGCGGGUUGGCCUGGCUGGCCAGUGGAUCCAACCUGGAGGUUGUCCACGCCGUGACAGGCGAGCGGCUGUCGGCGUACUGCUUCAGCGGCGGCGGAGGAGAACACCCACCCAUUGUUCUGGCUGCCAGGGAUUUCAGCUGGCUCAAACGGUCUGGACUGCUGGUUGGCUUGGAGGAAACCGAAGGCAGCGUGCUGUGUCUGUAUGACUUGGGUCUGUCCAGGGUGGUGAAAGCUGUGGUUAUACCAGGCAGGAUUACAGCUAUUGAACCUCUAGUGAGUUAUGGUGGAGCCAGUACUUCCACGCAGCAACUCCACCAGAGUUUACGCUGGUUCUUUGGAAUUGCUGCCGUGGUAACGGAUCUGGGUCAUGUUCUGCUUGUGGACCUCUGUCUUGAUGAUCUGUCCUGCAGCCAGAGUGAACUGGAGGCAUCAGACCUGCAGGUGGUGACCAAAUCUCCUGCAGACAUCCCGAGGCUCAGAGAGGUCAGCUCCCGCCAGGGCAGACAUCUCUGCCUGCAGCUGAACCCGCCCAGCGGCGUUGGUGUCACGGCCCUGCAGUACGUCUCCAGAACCAACCAGCUGGCAGUGGGAUUUUCUGAUGGACUCCUGCAGCUGUGGAACAUGAAGACGUUGAAGAAGGAGUACCACUCGCAGCUGGAGGGGGGCAGAGUGCCUGUUCAUGCCUUCACCUUCCAGGAGCCAGAGAACGACCCCAGGAACUGCUGCUACCUCUGGGCUGUCCAGUCUUCUCAGGAUCUCGAGGAAGAUCUGGUCAACCUCCACCUGCUCCAGCUGGCCUUCAGCGAAAGAAAAUGUCUGGCUUCUGGGAAGAUCCUCUAUGAGGGUCUGGAAUAUUGCGAGGAGCGAUACAGUCAGGAUUUAAGCAGCACAUCGUUUCCUCUCAGGGCUCAGGCCACAAGCACACGACUGCUGAGCUGCCAGACCGUCGAGAAGUUCAGAGCCCAUCCUGACAGGGACGACAGUAUGAAUGAAGUUGCAUCCCCCGACACCAGUUUGUCCAUCUUCUGCUGGCAAGUCAAGGCUUAUGGUCAGGGAAGUCCCUCUAUGUAUAUAGGGGUCUUUGACAUCAAUCGCUGGUACCAUGCACAGAUGCCUGACUCUCUGAGAACCGGGGAGUCUCUCCAGAAUUGCCCCUAUCUGGCCGUUUGGUCCCUGGACUCUGUGGUGCAGAUGGUGUCGACCCAAACCUUCCUGGAUGUGGUUGUACACGAGCGCAGCCUGAGCCGGGGCCUGCCCUUCACCUGCCCCCCUCCAGAGCAGUACUUCAACCCAACCACAUACAACUUUGAUGCUACAUGCUUACUUAACUCUGGACUUGUGCACUUAACCUGCUCUGGGCAUCAAAAAGAGACUUUAAGUUUUUUGAAGAAAGCUGCACCUUGUUCCAGUGACAUCAUCUCCAUCAGCUACUCCCACUGCCUCAUGUCCGGCCUCCUCUCGUCUCGCGCGGCAGACGCUCCGGCAACCAGCCUCUCUCAGGAGGAGCAGCUUGAUGCCAUCUUGUCAACAGCAGUUGAAACCAGUUCCUUGGGGUUAAUUACUGGUUGUAUUAAGCAGUGGACUGCUGAAGAACAACCAGGAUCCGCCCUGAACCUGCGCUACAUCCUGGACUGGGCUUGGAACAAAGUAGUCCAGACCAAAGAGGAGCUGGACGGCAUCUGCGCUCCGUUGUUCGACAGUUCGUCCAACUUCACCGACCCGCAGACGCUGCAGCUGCUGCAGCACACCCAGAGGCUGCUUAGCAACCUCAGCGCCAUCUUCCACUGCCUGCUAAGCGAAGCUCAGGAACUCACACACCAAGGUUUGGCAGGUCUGAUGAACAAGAACAUGGUGUCCAGUUUAAUUUCCAAAUACGCUCAAGUGGUACUCUGGUUCUGCCGCACCGGCUUACUCCCCGAGGGAUCAGAUGAAGAUGCUCUGCAGAUUCCCAGGCCUUUCUUUACUCACUCAGUCAUCAGUAACUAUUACACCAUACGCAGGGAGGAGUUGACCAGGUUGGCCAAGAAUAAAUGGUGUGCUGAUUGCCUUAUGAUCGAUGGUUUGGUUGGACAGUGUGGUGAAUGUCUGACCAAUCUGUGGCGGAGGGACGAGGGUGGGACAGGACAGUACCCCCCACCUACUUUGCAUGCCUUGCUUGACAUCUACCUUCUGGACAACAUCGAAGAAGCUACCAAGCACGCCAUUGUGAUUUACCUGUUGUUGGAUGUCAUGUACUCUUUCCCCAAUAAGGAUGGAACAUCAGUGGAAUCUUUUCCCACAGCUUUUUCCAUCCCCAUCGGACUGGUUAAACUGGUACAAGGACUCUGGCUGCUGGAUCAUAAUGACCAUCAGAGUUCCUUUGAUCUGCUUCUACACCCAGCUGCUUCUCAUUUUCAUUUCGAGUGGCAGCAUGAGCGGGUUCUGCAGGCGCUGAUGUGUCACGGCCAGCAGUCUGUGGCGCUGCGCUACUUCCAUGUUACGAAGCCUUCGAUUACCUCCACUUCUCAGGCCAAACUUUCUCUUUCCGUGCUGCUACACAACAGGUGUCUCAUCGAGGCGUGGUGUUUACUUCGGCAGCACUCGAACCGCUUGAACAUUGCUGAUCUGCUGGGCUUCCUGUAUGAGAGCUGCCAGGAGCUGGGCCUCAUGAAGGAGCUGCUCAAGCUGCCUCUGGGCCUCAGUGAACAGGACUGUUUGGAAAAGUUUCUUCAAGGCACAGGAGGCCUUCAAAACAGAGAGCUGCUGAUGGUUCACUACCUGCAGCAGGCCAACUACAUUCCUGCUCUGCAGCUCAACCAAACCCUCAAAAUGAACCUGGUGAACGAGCGAGACCCAAAGGUCAAAGAGCGAUCCAACACCAGGAACUCUAUACUGGACCAGUACGGCAAAGUUCUGCCCAGAGUGCAGAGAAAACUGGCGAUGGAGCGAUCCAAACCUUAUCAACAUCCAUCCACUGUUCACAAAGAAGUCUCUCGGCCACAGCCACUGUCUACCAUCACCAAGCGCUCUGCCAACGAGAAGGUGAUGUCCAGAGCUGGAUUCAUCAGCAGCGUCCUCACCAAGAUUGAGGAGGUUUGGCUCGGAAAAGAAGCGACUCCCCAGUCCUCACCAGCCAAGACACCAAAAGCAGCGGAUGCUCAGAGCUCCAGUCUGAGGUCAUCAUCGCUCGGUUUUACUGAUCCCUUCCUAGGAACGCCAAUCACCAUGACAUCCAAACGAAAGUCAAGGUUGAUGGAUCUGGUGGUCCACCCGUCCUGUCAGACUCCUCAGCCUCUCCUCAGUCCCCCCGGACCUCCAACCUCCUGGGUUUCUCCAAAGAGCUUCAGAAAAGCGCCUGAGUUCAGUCUGCUGCAGACGCCGCAGGUCGUCAAGCGAGCUCGGGCCCUAGCUGCUUCUGGCCCGGUCUUUUCGGCGUUCACACCGCAGUCCAUCCUGCGUAGCAACCUGAGACCUACGCCUGCUGCUACUCCGUCUGCCUCUCCAGGCCGCUCCAUCACCCCCCCGCUACGCGCCAAAGAGAGCCGCAUCACCUUCAUAGAAGAAGGAGAGACCCCUGAAACGGAGAAGGGGAUCCGGUGGACUAACGGGAUGGCAGCAGACAGUGAGAUCAACCAGCUAAGCAGAGGCUCCAAAGCGACACGCAAGACCUGGUCUUCGCAACGUCCUGAGGAGGAAGAUGAGGAAGGACAACAUCCUCGUGUAAAAUUUCGUCCUCCAAAAGGCGGCGUUCCCUCACCGCAGCUUAGGCGCUCUGAGAGCGAGCCGUCUUCCACCCAGGAAGAAGGAAAUGCAAGUCAGAUAAAUAUCAGUGUGAACUUUGACACCAGCCUGAUGUCUGUCCAGUCAACAGACACAACUCUGGAGUAUUACGAUGCUCCGCUCUCAGAAGACCCUCAGCGAGCCCAGGGACACAUACCUGGAGAGGAGGAAGAGGAGGAGGAUGAUGUAGUGACUCUUAACAUCAGAUCUGUGAGUGACGAACCAGAACAAACACCUGAUCUGACCACAGAGGAAAACCUUAACCUCCCCUCAAAAGUUGACGUGACAGCAGAGGAGUCUCUGAGGGAAGGAGACCUCUGUGAGGAGGUCAGUGGGAGGGGUCAAGCUCUGAGGGAGCAUGAGGAGCAAGGAGCUGAAUCUAAAGGAGAAGAUGAUCUGAAUAUGGUCUCAAUGAGCAAAGACGAAGAUGUUGCAAGUCCUGAUGAAGAGGAGCCAUCUACUCACCAUGAAGUCGGUAACCUGGUGAGCGAGAGCUCAGACUCUCAGGUCAGAACUGAGGUGAAAGGUGAAGAACUAAAUGUUCAGUGGGAGGCAGCCGAGUCGAACACAGAGCAACCCGAACCACCCGAAGAUGGUAACGCCACAACCGAAGCAGCACUAGACCUGGAGCAGAGCACAGAUCUGACAGAGUUUGUACAGAAGCACCUGUUUGGUGAUGACCUGCCUUCUCCGCUCAGCCGCUCAGCGAUACACAACGCAUCACUGAGCCAGACUAGCCUCAACAGCGAGUUGUUGGGGGCUGAGGAAGAGGAGGAGAAUCUAGCAGCUGUAGACCCAGUCAUUGUUCACGCCACAGAAAUCCACGGCUUCCGUGACUUCCUCAGAGCCAACAGGCACCGACUCCCACUCUGUAGUGAGCUUGAAUGAUAGCGAAGAACUGUCCAGUCCUGCAUCUGAGGAUGAAGGUGAAGAGGAGUCAUCUAAUCAAGCUGAAGAGGGAGAAGAAGAAGAAGAGGAGGAGGAAGCGGAAGACGAAGUGGAAGACUCUGGUAGUGAGGUGGAG